CCCUUCCCCCAGAGCCAGGGAGGAGGCGCAGCCAGGACGCAGGUGAAACCGACUCGGCCCUAUCCCGGGAACUUUCGCGGUGGGGACUCGUUGCGAGAGGCUAGAGUCGCGCAGGUGCGGCCUGGGAGCCGCCCUCUCUCACUGAGACUGCCGCGGGGACUCAGUCCUGGGGCCACCCGCAGGGGACCCGCGGACCUCCUGGCGCGCUCACUGGCUGUGGGCAGCGCUGGCCUCCGCUGCUGAUGGGGGCGGCUAGUGCCGCCCCGGGCGCAGGUGACACUCGCCCGGCCAGGGUUUCCUCUGGCUGGGGAGAGCCCCGGGAGGGCGAGACGCAGACACCUCAGGGGCGGAGGACAAGGCAGCGAUGGCCCGAGAGCUGAGCCAGGAGGCACUACUGGACUUUCUGUGCCAGGCUGGGGGCCGCGUGACCAACGCUGCCUUGCUGAGCCACUUCAAGAGCUUUCUCCGAGACCCUGACGCGUCCCCCAGCCAGCACCAGCACCGCCGCGAGCUCUUCAAGGGCUUCGUCAACUCGGUCGCCGCAGUGCGCCAGGACCCCGACGGCACCAAGUACGUGGUGCUCAAGAGGAGGUACAGGGACCUUUUAGGGGAGGAGGGGCUGCAGCGACCCCGCGAGCCGCCCGCGGCCCCCCACAGUGCAGGGGGAGCUGCGCCCAGCUCCCCGCGAGGCGCGCGCGGGGGGCAGUCGCCCCAGCAGCAGCCCAGGCGGCGGCGGCGCGAGAAGGAGCCGGAGGAGGAGCCAGCAGGUGCAGCAGCCAGAGCCGCCGACGCAGCUUGCAAUGGACUCCCGGUCAGCGGCUCCCGCGCGGCACCCGGGAAGGGCGGCGGAUCGAAGGGCAGUCCCGGACAGAGGGCGCCGGUGCCCGCAACUGCAGCGGCAGGGGCCCAGGCGGGAGCGAGGUGCGCGGCGGCGGGGACACAGGGCCGCUGCUGCUGGGAAUGCCUCCAGAACAACCUGGCGGGGCUCCCGGGAGAGCUCGGUGCACUCCCGGACUCCGCCACCGCAGAGGAGAAGCCUGCACGGGCUCUGCCUGCCCAGGAUGGCCGCGGGGCUUCCAGGGAGCCGGAAGAAGGCGAGCUGGCUGAGCCCGCGCCUGUGCCUGCAACGCAUCGCUCGCCUCUCGCCACCGUCGAGGCUGCGACGAGCAGGGCUUCCCCGCCUGCUCUCCUGCCCGGCCCCGCCCCACGCGGAGACCGGCCGGAGCUGCUGACCCCCAGCUCUCUGCAUUAUUCGACCCUGCAGCAGCAGCAGCAGCGCACUCGAGAGUGGGUGGCCAGGCACCCGCAGGUGCCGGAGGCCCGUGAUCAAGGCCCUGUCCGCGCCUGGUCGGUGCUGCCAGACAACUUCCUCCAGCUGUCCUUGGAACCUGGCUCCACGGAGCCUAACUCAGAGCCGCCAGACCCCCGCCUUUCCUCGCACUCUCUCUUUCCUGUUGUUCCGGAUGAGCCCUGGGAAUCCUGGGCGGGGAACCCUUCAUUGACUGUCUUCCGCAGCAUUCGAUGUCAGCUGUCCCUCCAAGAUCUGGAUGACUUUGUGGACCAGGAGAGUCAUGGCAGUGAGGAGAGCAGCAGCGGGCCCAAAGACUCACCGGGGGCUUCUGAAGAGGGGCUGCAGGUUGUCUUGGGAACCCCAGUUCGGGGGAAGCUCAGGAAUCCAGCUGGGGGCCUUUCUGUAUCUCGGAAGGAGGGCAGCCCCAGUUGGAGCCCUCAGGAUCUCAGAAACAGAGGAGAUGGUCACAUCUCUCAGCAGGUUCCUGCGGGGGCUAAUGGCCUUGCAGGUCACCCCCUGGAGCCUUUGCCUUGGCCAGCUCCUAAGUUAAGGAGGUCCCUCAGGAGGAGCUCUCUGGCAGGGAGAGCCAAAUUGUCCUCCUCUGAUGAGGAGUACCUUGAUGAGGGCUUGCUGAAAAGAAGUCGGCGCCCACCUCGAUCCAGGAAGCCCUCCAAGGCAGGAACAGCACCCAGCCCAAGGGUUGAUGCAGCUUUAUCACCAAAACUUGCAGAGGUUAAGGCUGUUGUGGCUGAGCGGGGUUGGCGACACAGCUUGUGGGCCCCCAGUGGGGAGGGGCCUGCAGCCUGGGCCCCCCACAGAACUUCUGAGCACAAAUCAUCCCUGGUUCCCCUAGAUGCCAGGGAGCAUGAGUGGAUUGUGAAGCUUGCCAGUGGCUCCUGGAUUCAGGUGUGGACUUUGUUCUGGGAGGACCCUCAACUGGCCUUGCACAAAGACUUUCUGACUGGGUACACUGCCUUGCACUGGAUAGCCAAACAUGGGGACCUCAGGGCUCUUCAGGACUUGGUCUCUGGAGCAAAGAAGGCAGGGAUUGUCCUUGAUGUAAAUGUGAGGUCCAGUUGUGGAUAUACCCCGCUGCAUCUUGCAGCCAUUCACGGCCACCAGGGGGUCAUCAAAUUGCUAGUGCAAAGGUUGGCUUCUCGGGUAAAUGUCAGGGACAGCAGUGGGAAGAAGCCAUGGCAGUAUCUAACCAGUAAUACCUCUGGGGAAAUAUGGCAGCUGUUGGGAGCCCCUCGGGGCAAGCCCAUUUUCCCUGUCUAUCCCUUAGUUGGAAGUUCUUCCCCGACCAGAAAGGCCAAGAGCAAGGAAAUAUCUAGAAGUGUCACCCGAAAGACUUCCUUCGCUGCCCUACUCAAAAGUCAGCACAACAAGUGGAAACUGGCCAACCAGUAUGAGAAAUUCCCCAGUCCAAGGGAAAGAGAAGAGUACAGUGACUGAGGUGGGUCUCUCUGUCCAACACACAGGCAGCACACCCUCACCCUACUCAGUGAGAGAAUUCAGGGGGAAUAGAAAAGCUGCUGAGAGUUGGUAAAGAGGAUGGUGGAGUGAGAUGGCAUUGACCUCCCUGGAUCUUAUGUCACUACAUCCUGGACCUCAAGAGGGCCAUCCAAGCUUUUUGAAAGCUGAAGGUCCUUGACUGGAGAAACCUAGACAAGGGGCAGGGCCAGGUGCUUGAUAUCUAGGAGGCAUUCUUACUUUUCCCUUGCCACCAUGGAUCUGGGCACAGUAAGCCAUAUUGUUUCCCGAAGCAGGAGUCCCAGGCCUUGGCUAGAGAGGGAACAGAUGUCUAACAAAAAGAGAAGCAAUUCGAGGAAUUGAUGAAGCACAUGCAAAAUCCUCUCUGGCUAGCUCUCUGGCUUCUGUUCAUUUGAAGAAUAAAUCUUGGCUGACACUGGGAAGCACCAGGUUUGAAAUCAGAUGGCUUUCUUUUUCUUUCUUUUUUUUUUUGGCAUUUAAAUCAGUGAAAUAAAAUUAUUACUGGAGAGUAGAGUUCGAUUUGAGAGAUUCCUCAGCCCUGUUCCCAAGUCUUAUUUUGAACUCCUUGCAUGGUGGUUAAUGGGUAAAAUGAUUAAUGCCUCCUUUGGGUCUUCUCACUGAUCAAAGAAGUUGGGUAAGAUCCAGUUAUGACUUGGACUCCAUUCCCAAGAGGAAUGACUGUCAUUCAGGCCCUGCUUUUUUGUAUCAACCCAAAGGGAACUUUCCAAAUGUAAAAACCAUGUGGCUCAUUUGCAUAGUGACUGAAACCAUCUUUCAUGGAAACUCCCUGUGUAACAAACAGAAUUAUCAUUACUAGUUUUCAGUAGGUUUGAAUGGCCAACGUUUGUACUCAUAAAAAGAGAGAAAUGACUUCACUCUGGGGAAACAGUAAGGGUUAAGAGAAUGCAUCUUUACCAGGACUAUCUAAGCUGCUAAAUAUAAUUUUAUUUGCACUAAAGUUGUUGCCAAUUAAGAUUAAAUAUUAGCCUUUAAGUACUCUAUAUCUAACAUGAAGUGCUCCUUUUUAAUUGCUUUUGAAGGGACUGAUAACUUGUGAGUUCAUGGAGUGAGAGAAUGUCUAGUCUAUAAACAUCAGUAGAACAUCAAGAUUUCAGAAUAAGUUCAAAGAGGGCUGAAAUACAUGUUCAAGUGGAAAUUGUUAAUUUUUUAUGGGAAUGUUUUCAUGAGAUGUGGCAAUGAUGCUGUAUUUUAAGUCUUUUUGUGUUUCUUCUGGUUAUUUUCCCCAAUUAAAAGAUCAGUAGAUCUUCCUAAUUUA